AUGGUCCUGGAGUUACACGUCUGGGGUCCCGCGUUUGGCCUACCUUCGAUUGAUCCACAAUGUCUGGCAGCCAUUGCCUACUUUUCUCUUGCAAUCGGCACAAAUAAUGGUAGACCAGGCGAAUGGGUGGUUGUUGCAGACAGCGACCCUGGAAAAGUACCUACACAUGAACUGCCGGCGCUUUGGACAGGCUCACGAUGGAUCAGCCGAUUCCGCAAUAUCGUCGACUUCUUGAAACAGUAUUCCGGAGGGGAAUGGGAUUUGGAUGGAUGGAUGGGCGAGAAGGAGAAGGCUGACUGUGCUGCAAAUUUGGAGACUAAUCCGGAGACAUACAGCUUCUCGAGCUUCAUUGAAUCCUAUGGGCAACCGUUAAUUGACCUCUCACUAUACGUCUCAAGCGAGAACUACCACGCCAUUACCGCACCUGCGUAUGGAAGCCUCCUUCAAUGGCCAAACCAAUGGAUAUUACCACCCCAACUACGGUCAAUGGCGAAGUCCCGGGCAGAACACCUUGGGCUAUCAUCUCUCGACCUGGAUGCCGCGGAGGAAGAGGCAAAAGAGAAACAGGGCGGGCGGCAACCGCCUUCUGCGUUGAGCCAGAUACCAAAGAGCCUUGCUACAAAGCCCCGCGAGACAAUAAGUGGCGUGCUAAGUAAGACUUCACAGCAGAAUCGCAUCCGGCUAGACGGACUAACAAAGGCAUUCGUGGGCCCACUCGAGGAAUUGUUAGCUAGAAAAGGAUAUCUGCUAAUUGACGACACACCGUGCAGUCUAGAUUGCUUGGCCCUGGGAUACCUGUCGCUGGCUGUUGUUCCGGAAGCACCAUCGUCAUGGCUUCGAGAAGGCGUGCAUAAAUAUUCACCGCGACUGGUGCAGUAUUUUGACCAGCUGCGAUUGAAAUGCUAUGGCGGGAAUAUUGAAUCAGCCGAGUCUGUUGGCGCUGCAUCCUCAUUGCCAUGGCAGGAGUCUGAACCCGCUACUAUAGCAGGGAUUGGGAUUAGGGUCGCAGAGGUACUUGCAGAUGCCGUUCCAAUCGUGAGAGAUAUCCGGGCCAGCUGGCGCAUCCAGCAGCUGGGCAAAGAUGUGUCUGCUAAGCAGGAGCAAGCAGCUGUGAUGAAAAUCGCCCAGUCGAGGCGACGAGAAGCAAUAACCUCCACUCUGACGGUGAUUGCUGGCUUCGGGAUGCUUGCCUGGUACCUCGUCGCAGGGAUGAACUUACAGCUGCAGUUCUCCGACAAGCAAGGCGGAAACGGGGAUGAUUCCGAAGCUGCCAGCCAAGAAGCAGCAGAAAACACCUCAGGCUCGCAACUGGGAGCAGCUGGCGAAUUCCUCCGAAUAUAG